AUGGCCCCGGCCCGCUUAAAGGCGGCGGCGGCGGCGGGCAGGGCCGGGAGCCGGGGCAGGGCCGGGGACGCCGCCGGCGCGAAGAUGCCCCGGGGCUUCCUGGUGAAGCGUAGCCGGCGGCCCACUCCGAUCUCCUACCGAGCGCGUUGCUGCCGAGAGGCCACCGCCGGCCCGCCGCUCCCCGCCGCUGCUGCUGCCGCCGCUCCGCCGCCCGCCUGCCCCGUCGCUCCGCCGCCUGACUCGCCGCCGGUGCCCUUCGGAACGCCCGAUGCCGCCGUGCAGGCGUUGUACAGCCCCACGCGGCCCGUCAGCAGGGACAAGUACCUGGAGCGCGGCUUCAGCCUGGGCUCGCCCGUCUCCGCCGAGUCCUUCCCCGCCCCCGCCGUGCCCGGCACCAUGGACCCGCUCCUCUUCGCCCCGGCCGACCUCAAGCUCUGGGCUGCUGCCGGUCACGCCGAUCCGUCCACCGGCCCCGGCGGAGCCCCGGCCGCGCCGCCCGCCCCGGCCGCGCCGCCCGCCUCGGGCCGCCCACCGCCCGCCAAGCGGCCGCCGGGCGCCGGGGAGCCCGGCCGGCAGAAGGCCCCGUCGAGCAAGAAGGCGAAGGCGAUCCGCAAGCUGACCUUCGAGGACGAGGUGACCACUUCGCCCGUGCUGGGGCUGCGCAUCAAAGAGGGCCCGGUGGAGGCGCCGGCCAAGGCGCGGGGAGGCUGCGCCCGGCCGCUGGGCGAGUUCAUCUGCCAGCUCUGCAAGGAGGAGUACGGAGACCCCUUCGCGCUGGCCCAGCACCGCUGCUCCCGCAUCGUGCGGGUGGAGUACCGCUGCCCCGAGUGCGACAAGGUCUUCUCCUGUCCCGCCAACCUCGCCUCCCACCGCCGCUGGCACAAGCCGCGCCCGCCCGCCGCCAAGGGCGGCCCCGAAGCGGGCCGGGCGCCGGCAGAGGAGCCGCCGAAGGAAGCCGGGGGCGGCGGCGGGGGCAGCGGCAGCGAGCGGGACACGCCGAGCCCCGGCGGCGGAUCGGAGGCGGGCUCCGAGGAGGGGCUCUUCGAGUGUCCCCGCUGCGCCAAGCGGUUCCGCCGGCAGGCCUACCUGCGGAAGCACCUGCUGGGCCACCCGCCUCCGGCACCGGGAGCGGCCCCGCCGUCGGGAGCGGCCCCCGAGCCUGCCGCCGAGGAGCCGCCCGCCCCGCCGCCCGCCGAGUGCCGCCUGUGCCCGGUGUGCGGGGAGACCUUCCCCAGCAAGAGCAGCCAGGAGCGGCACCUCCGCCUGCUGCACGCCGCGCAGGUCUUCCCCUGCAAGUACUGCCCCGCCACCUUCUACAGCUCGCCCGGCCUCACCCGGCACAUCAACAAGUGCCACCCCUCCGAGAACAGGCAGGUCAUCCUGCUCCAGGUGCCGCUCCGCCCCGCCUGCUAGAGCCGCCCGUGCCUUGCCGGGGCCCCGCGGCACCGGCACCGGGGCUGGGACCGCGAACGCGUCCCGCGGGCUGUGCCUCGGACUCGACACACGAUUAGCUUUAAUACGGCUUGUGAACUGCUGGAAUCUGGCUUUACACUUACCUUCCGGGGUAUCUUUUUGUUUUUCGUUUUGUUGGGUUUUUUUGUUUGGUUGGGUUUUGUUGGGUUUUUUUUGUUCGUUCGUUUCGGUUUUUAUAAAUGUGAACAGAUCAAACCGCUUGAGGAGAAGUGAGAAUUUCCUUUAGUAUAGCCACAAAUGCCUUGACUCUGCUGUUGAUGGUCUCCAGAAAUGCUGUAGAAACUGCCUUAACUGUGACAUGCCAACUUUCUGUUCGUUUUGCCCUUACUAUGGUAGCUCAUGAGUUGACUAUCUGUAUAUGUUGGUUUGAGUAAUUAUGUUAUUUAUUCGUUAUUUAUUUAUAUUAACUAUGAAGAAUGAUAUUAUUUGAUUGCCGAUAUUCCGAUGUGCUUUUUUGUCUCCCCCCCCGCCUGCCAUUUCACUGUGCGUUUUAGAAGAUCUUUUUUUUCUAAAGGGAUCUGCUAAAAAGGUUUUAACUUUUAUACCUAGAAUAACACGAUCUGAACCAUUUUAUCCUGUGCAACCGACAGCUCUUACUUUUAGAUGCAAUCUCUUUUUCUACACACAUUAUUUUCUUAACUGUUAGCUAUUUAUAGAGUUGCUUCAAUAGAACUGUUUCAACUGUAUAAUUAUUUACUAUUCAAAUAAAAUAUUUUCAAAUUCAA